UUGUCUUGCAGUUUUUCACAAACACUGGCAAACAGUCAUUAUCUGCGUGAUUGAUUGUAAUUGUCGGCUCGUUUAUCAAUUGUUUAAAUUAAUUUAUGCCUGAACAUCUCAUAAUAGUCUCUGAGUAAAGUAAAGUAAGAGAAUUAGUGAUAGUGAACACAAAAGUUGUGAUUAACAACAAAAAAUUAUAUUUAAAUUUCGAAGUAUUUUGAGAAAAUGAUAAAAGCAGUAGCAGUCAUCACUGUGAGUGACACCUGUUUCAAAGAUAAUUCUAAAGAUGAAUCUGGUCCAGCACUUUGCCAUUUAGUUAAAAAAUUAUUUCCUGACUCCAAUUUACACACAAUAAUAGUACCUGAUGAACGAGAAAUGAUUGAAAGGGAACUGAAAUAUUUUUGUGAUAGUAAUCUAGACUUAAUUCUAACAACAGGAGGAACAGGUCUAAGCCCAAGGGAUGUCACUCCAGAGGCUACAAAAGUUGUUAUACACAAAGAAAUUCCCAGUAUAUCUGUAGCCUUAACUCUGGAGAGCUUAAAAAAAACUCCUAUGGCUAUGCUUUCAAGAUCUGUAGCAGGAUUGCGUGAUAAAACUUUAAUCGUAAAUUUACCAGGAAGCAAAAAAGCUGUCUUGGAAUGCUUUGAAGUCAUCAAACCAAUUCUGCCUCAUGCAAUAGCAUUAGUACGGAAUGAAUUGUCAGAAGUUAGAACAAUACAUGAUUCAUUGCAAUUUAGUCAUUUGUGUCCACAUAGGAGCAACGUAGAUAUUACAAAGAUAGCACUAAGACCAAGAGCAUCCCCAUAUUCAAUGAUUGAAAUGGCUGAAGCCUGUAAGAUUGUAGAUUCAGUAAUGGGACAGUGGAAUGAAAUGUUAGAGAUUGUACCUUUAGAUCAAGCACUUGGUAGGGUAGUUGCUCAACCUCUGCGUGCAAAAGAGCCAAUGCCGCCAUUUCCAGCUUCCGUUAAAGAUGGGUAUGCGUGUCUGAGUACGGACGGUGUUGGGCCUAGAAAAGUGAAUGCUGCUAUUACAGCGGGUGAUGCUCCGACUACACCGCUUUGUAUGGGCGAGUGUGUGCGCAUCAAUACCGGCGCUGCAUUACCUGCUGGUGCCGAUUGCGUUGUACAAGUUGAGGAUACAAAAUUGCUAUUAGCGUCUGACGAUGGCGUGACUGAGUUGGAAAUCGAGAUACUGAUCGCACCUGAGCCAGGUCAAGAUGUUAGACCUGUUGGUUUUGAUAUAGCAAUGGGGGCCACGCUUGUAGACAAAGGUGAAUCUAUAGAUGCAGCUAAAAUAGGAGUUUUAGCAGGAGCUGGUUACCAGUCGGUCACUGUUCGCGUCGGUCCCACGGUGGCGCUGAUGUCAACUGGAAACGAAUUACAAGAACCGUCCGAAUUGAAACUCAGGCCAGCACACAUUCGGGACUCCAAUAGAGCGAUGCUGAGCGCCUUGUUGAAAGAGCACGGGUACCAGAGUAUAGAUUGCGGUAUUUGUCGUGACUCUCCCGAAGAGCUAGUGGCCGGUAUAUCGGCCGCCCUGACCAAGGCCGACGUGUUGGUCUGCACCGGAGGCGUGUCGAUGGGCGAGAAAGAUUUACUGAAGCCAGUAUUAUUAAACGAUUUCGGUGCAACACUUCACUAUGGACGCGUUCGCAUGAAGCCCGGCAAGCCGUCGACUUUUGCAACAUGCCAGUUUGAAGGAAAAACUAAAUUUAUUUUUGCAUUGCCUGGUAAUCCAGUUUCUGCCUACGUUUGCUGUUUGCUGUUCGUGAUCCGAGGUCUGCGCGUGUGCAGCGGCAAGAGGGGCUCGUGGCCCAGACUCCGCGCCAAGCUCGCGCACGGCGUCGCGCUCGACCCCCGCCCGGAGUACGCGCGGGCCGACAUCGACGUGUCCCAGGACGACGACAUGCCCACUGUGAAGUUGUUGGGCAACCAGUGCAGUAGUCGUCUGUUGAGCGCGUGCGGUGCGAGCGUGCUGGUGGAGUUGCCGGCCGCCUCCCCCGCGCACCCCCGGCUGCCGGCCGGCGCCAUCGUGCCCGCGCUCGUCACCGGGACGCUACACAACAGCGCAGUCUAAUCCCCUAUUCAAAUAUAACUGGCACGUCCUACUAGGUAUUCACAUUUAAAAACACUUCUCUUUGUUUGCAUGUUUUCUCUCUUUUCGAUUCCAUUGCUGCGUAGCAUGUACGCAAAAAUCACACGCGCGUCCGGCGUCCAGAAAUGUAUACGUUUCUACAUCUGCGUGUCUAUUCCUUACGCAGCAUAUUUACGUUUUAACUGACGUUGCUAAAACGCCCCACGCGCUGUCGGGUGUUUAAUAUAAACGAGGGGUUAACGACAACAUCAAACUGUGACUUACAUGCCGUUCUUCAUAUAAAGUGAAGCUAAGUAAAACAUACCAAACGUUCCUGUGCGUAGCAAUGGAACCGCAGAUUUUAAUCUCAAGGUGCAGUGUGCUUAGUGCGAGUUUUUUAACGUUCUCGAUAGUGUAAAGGUUAACCCAAUUUUGUAUGCAGUUAGAACAGCGCCCCUAGCGGUAAACGUAGGCAAACGAUUCCAUUCCGUACAAAUAUAAGCUAACUUUUACGCUAUCGAGAACGUUAAAAAACUCGCACUAAGCACACAGAUCUACUUGCGUUUCUUUUUAUCAAAACACACUAGAUGUCAUUUCAUGUUUAAGUUUUACAUAAGUUUUUAAAGCCAUUCAUUCUUAAGCAGAAGUAAACUGUGUAAAUAGAUUGACGUAAUCUUCACUAAGUCGAACGCUUACGAAAGCCUUACAUUGAGAAUGCAGGCAAUACCUUGUUGCAUACUUACAUGCGUAUCGGUCACGAUAAUUAAAAGCAAAUCUGUUAGUGUAAAUUGAACAUUUAAGAUUAAACUAUAACAGAAAUUAAAUUACAUUUUGGAUUAUGAAGAGAACUACACGAAUUAGUCUGUAAGAGCUACCUUAACGUUAGGUGAAAUGUGAAUUGUGCCAAAGUAUAUAAAACAACCUCAAAUCUUGCUCAGUUUUAUAUUGUUUAUAAUUUUUAAAUGUGUAUGUUAUCUUUUUAUUUCUAAUUGUGAAAUCCCUAUGAGGUCUCCUAGUUCUUUGUAAAGCUUGUUUUACCUAGUUAAAAAUAGGAAUCAAGUGAUGAUUGUGAUAAAUUAUUUCCUUGAGUCUCGAAUGCAAUAUUUGCAUAGGUAAUUGAAAGAUCUUUUGCAUACAUUUUACAUUUAUUUUAUUAUUAUCUAAAUUAAUUGUCAGAGGUACUCUGCUCUAAAUUUAGAAUUAAAUAAUUAUACAUAGUUUGUUUGGAGAGUAUACUAACCAGAAUUACAUCGUUAUAUACUUUAAAUAAAUGAAAAGUAGGUUUUCAAAGAUGCAUUAAGAGUUGGUUCAUCUAAUUAGCGGUUUAGCAUGGACAAACUAAAAUAUUAUUAUGGAUUUAAAAAAAACAUGUAUUUUGGCCGAAUUAAAGUGCAAAUAAUCAUCUUCAAAAUAGAUCCUAAUAAAACAUUUCCUUCGAAAUCAUACCUCGAAAAUUAUCUCCAUCCAUGAAAAUAGUUUCAAUUUAUUAGAAAUUAUUUAAAUGUAACUAAAUAAAAAUAGUUUUAUAAACAGAGUACCUAUAAAUGUAUGAAUAUGUCAAAUUGAAAAGGCUUAAUCUUUUUUAGCCCAAUUUGUUUAAGUGGGUGUAGAAAUUUUCCUUAAGUUCCUUUUUGUUGUUUGUGAAAUAAGUUCUUUGGUAGCAAUUCUCAUGUAGUAAAAAAAAUCUCGAAUAUUUUGGUGAUGGUUUGUUAAAUAAAAUUUGUUGUUUUAA